GUAUCCAGUCAUGUGCUGUCAGCUUACGGGAACGCGAGUACAUAACGUGUUUUUGGCCGUAAUUACAUGUUAAUGGACGGUCUGAAUGUGUUUGUGAUGGCAGGGUGAGCAUGAGCGAGGGCGAGGUGUUUCAUGAGAAGCAGAGACUGGAGCUGUGCGCCAUCCAUGCCUUGAACAACGUGCUUCAGGAGAGAGUUUUCACUAAAGAGACCGCCGAUGACAUCUGCAAGCGACUUGCCCCGCAGUGUGUAAUGAAUCCACACCGCUCAGUGCUGGGCACGGGAAACUAUGAUGUCAAUGUCAUCAUGGCAGCUUUGCAGAGUCGAGGACUCGCUGCUGUCUGGUGGGACAAGCGCAGGUCAGUACAGAAUUUGUGCCUGGACAAAAUUCAGGGCUUCAUUUUGAAUGUCCCGUCAAGGGUGUCACUGGGAAUUGUGUCUCUCCCACUGAGACGGAGACACUGGCUGGCGGUACGAGAGGUUCACGGACACUUCUAUAACCUAGACUCCAAAUUAAAAGGGCCUGCCUGUAUAGGUGGAGAAACAGAACUCAGGUCAUUUCUUACUGAACAACUCUCUCAGGAUGUAGCAGAGAUGCUCCUCGUCGUCCAAAAGGAAGUGGACGAAGAUGGAACAUGGCUGAAGCCUGACGACACCAGGAAGUGAUGUAACUGAACAUUCUCUCUCUCUCUUUCUCUGUCAGUGUGGAUUAAAUACUGAAAGAGAAACCCUGGAGGCGCAGCAAGAUCACAUCCACAACCACACACACACAUGCAAAGGGAAGUCCUAGUGUUUUCUCAAAACGAAGGAUUGACGUCGCUCUCCUCUUUUUUUCUCUUUCUCUCCUCUCAGGAACUCCAUCUCUCACUUUAUCUCUAUCUAUGCACUCCACUGCUGAAGUAGAUCAAAGAUUCGUCUGUCUUUUGUUACAACUAUGCACAGAAAUGGUACUUUAGAGUCUCGUUCAUUGCCUUUUUAGACGUCCGUGUGCAGAUCUUUUACUAUGCAGAAACACAAGAGGCAAGAGACGGAAGCUCUGUCUCUCGCUCGCGUCCUUUUCUUUUGCAAACCGCCUCAUCGACGUCGAGCGAACAAAUGAGAAGAUUCCUGUUAUUUAUUUGAAUUUCUACUCUGUAGUGUAGCGAAUGUUGGAAAUCGUCCUCACUGAUUACUAAUGUUUGUCGAUUGUUAAUUUCGGUUUUGGUGUCAGAGCUGGGUUUUGUUAUUAUAUAAAUGGUAUUUAAUCAAGA